AUGACACUGCGUGACUAUCCAACAGACCCUAUCAAAACCCUUAUCAACUCUGGCGCCACCUCCAAUUUUAUUUCCCCCUCCUUAGUAGAACAACUCAAAAUCCCAAAAACCCUACUUGAAAAUCCACAAGUAGUGAGAAUGUUAGAUGGUACCAUAUCUCAGACUGGUUGCAUUUGGCACCAGGUUCAACUUGUGGUCUUGGCCAAUGGCCAUUCCCACAUUAUCCCUUUCCUUGUUUGCCCCAUAGGCAACACACCCGCAAUUCUAGGCAUGACAUGGCUGACUACGGAAUCCCCUCUAAUUGAUUGGCAACAGGGACUGGUCACCUUUCCUGAACAGGUACAAAUUGCCUCCAAAGAGGAAGCAGACCCGGACCCCUUAGUAGACCUACCCCCUCAAUAUCAUGAAUUUGCCAAGGUAUUUGGAGAAGAGGAGUUCAAAGUCCUACCUCCACACAGGGAAUACGACAUCUCCAUAGAUCUUGUCCCAGACGCCAAACUUUCCCCUGGCCCCAUCUACAGUAUGAUGGAUGCGGAAUCUAAGGCACUGAAGCAGCACAUUGAUGAGGAAUUGGCAACGGGCAAGAUUUGA